AUGAAGGGUGUAUUGAGAUUUGGUAAGAAGGGAAAAUUAAGACCACGAUUUAUUGAACCUUUUGAGAUCCUUGAAAGGAUUGGUGUUGUGGCUUACCGACUUGCCUUACCACCUGAACUUGCAGCAGAGCAUAAUGUAUUUCAUGUUUCGAUACUCAGAAAAUAUGUCCAUGACCCCAAUCACGUGGUAAGUUACCAAGCCCUGAAGGUACAAAAAGAUCUAUCAUAUGAAGAAAUCCCAUCUAUUAUUUUGGAUAGAAAGGUACAUCAACUUAGAAACAAAGAAGUUUCUCUGGUCAAAGUGCAAUGGCGAAAUCCUAGACGAGAAGAGUCAACAUGGGAGAAGGAAGAGGAGCUUAGAACCAAUUAUCCAGAGCUAUUCAAUUAG